AUGAUGAUUGAAUUAUUUGCUGAACGGCCGUUAUGGUCUCGUGUGGCUAUUUGCUUUCGUUUAAGACUUCACACAGCUCUUUUAAAAGUAAUUUUGGCCAAAUAUGCAUUUUAUAUUCAAAGUGGGCCUUGGGGCCGUCUUUGGUGUCGUUUUGGUUAUGAUCCCAGACUUGAUAAAGAAGGGAGAAAAUACCAAUCAUUAAUGGUCUCGUUUAAAAGAAAUCAAUUUAUUCCUGAACGUCAACGACUUAAAGCUAAUACAACAGCGGCGGGCACUCCAUAUGGAGAAUUUUGUGAUUAUAUUUACAGACCUGGUGUUUUGCCUGAAUUACGCCAAAUGUGGUACAGCAUUUUAGACAUUCAAUUGCCUAUAGCACAAAAAAUAUGUAGAAACGAUUAUUUUGAAUUUUUGAGAGAAUGUGAUCCAGUUACUGGGUGGUUGCCUGCUGCCCAACUUAACGCCAUUCGUGCUGCAUUAAAAGCUGACGUAAACCUAACUUCUACUCGUUUAGGGAAUUCAGCAAUUGUUGGAGGGGGUGGAGGUGGAAAUGAGGAAGAAGAGGAUGAAAUUGUUGAAGAGGAUUUGGAAUUUAGUGAUGAUGAAGAUAUUAACAAUUUUUAG